UCUCUGUGUGUGUGUGUGUUUUUUUUUUUGUAAAUUCCACACUUUAUUGGAAGAACUGUAAUCUAAGUGACAGAAAUGUUGGAUUCUUAUCAGCAGCUUGUUGCUGGUCCUCUUUACCAAGAGUCACUCGAGAAUCUUCAGGCUGAUAUUCAGCAUGCCAAUGCACUGGCAGCUUCCAUUCCAAGAGGCAAGGGUGGUGCGUGUUUUCAAAUGAAAUUGGUUUACAAUCACUUGGCGCCUAUUUUACUGUUUUUUCUUCAAUGGAUUGAUUGCUCAUGUACAUGUCUACUUUCAAGUUAUUUAAACCUUUUUCACGUAGUUGUAUUUAAGGUUUACUCAGAUGGGAGGCCAAAUAUCUCCUCAUGUGGAAGGAAAGCUACCAUUAGAGACUUCUAUUCUGUUAUAUUACCAUCUCUUCAGCGUCUCCAUUGUGACCCUGACAAAUUGGAAACUACUCAAGAGGAAGUCAAUGGCUUAGAGAUGGUAGUCAGAAAGAAAUUAGAGGAUAAGAAGCUUUCAGAUGUGGACUUGGAGAGAGAAGACGAGUGUGGGAUCUGCUUGGAGCCUUGCACCAAAAUGGUUUUGCCAAACUGCUGUCAUUCCAUGUGCAUCAAUUGCUACCGGGACUGGAACACCAGGUCAGAGUCUUGCCCAUUCUGCCGGGGAACUUUAAAGAAAGUGAACUCAGGGGACUUAUGGGUUCUGACAUGCAGUAAUGAUGUGGUAGACACUCAAACUGUGUUGAGGGAUGAUAUAUUGCGCUUCUAUCUUUUUAUAAACAGCCUGCCUAAGGAUAUCCCAGAUGCUCUGUUUUUUAUGUACUACGAAUACUUAUUUUAAUCUGAUAGGCAAGAAGAAUGAUGUACAGAAAGAGGAAAAUGCCAAGCAGUGGCUGCACAUAGUCUGCUGAGGUUUUCACGUGGAAAAUUUUACUCCAUUUUUUAAAAGAAUAAUGUAUAUGCUGUGUAAGUGACCCAAUUGUUAAUAUUGAAAUGCACUUCCUCCUUGUA